AUGGCUUCCCUAAGAGCUGCCGCCCGAUUGCCUCCCAUGGCUUCAAGGGCCCUUCCACGAGCUGUACGAACAUACGCCACUACGAGUGUCAAACCAUUCUUCACUGGUGAGCCAGAGAGACCACAUGUCAAAACUGCCAUUCCAGGCCCAGAAUCCCAAAAGGCAAUUGCAGAAUUGGAUAAAGUGUUUGAUACUAGAAGUUUGAACAUGCUUGCCAAUUAUCAAAAGAGUUUGGGUAACUACAUUUCGGAUCCAGAUGGGAAUGUUUUGUUGGACGUUUAUGCCCAAAUCGCAUCCAUUCCAGUUGGUUACAGCAAUCCUCAUCUCCUCGAAGCCGCACAAUCCGAACAAAUGGCAUCUGCCAUCAUUAACCGUCCUGCCCUUGGCAAUUUCCCUUCGCACGAUUGGGCCGAUAUUAUCAAGACGGGUAUCUUGAAGGUAGCACCAAAGGGUCUCGAUCAGGUGUUCACUGCCAUGGCGGGUUCGGAUGCCAAUGAGACUGCAUACAAGGCUGCAUUUAUGUAUCGUCGACAACAAGAGCGUGGUGGUGCACAUGUGGAAUUCUCAGAGGAAGAUAUUGCUUCAUCUAUGCUUAACCAAGCACCAGGUGCUCCUCAAUUGUCUAUCAUGUCUUUCAAGACUGCCUUCCAUGGACGUCUUUUCGGUUCCCUUUCCACCACUCGCAGUAAGCCAAUUCACAAGCUCGAUAUUCCUGCUUUCGAUUGGCCACAAGCUACUUUCCCUCUUCUCAAAUACCCACUCGAGGAUCAUGUCGUGGAGAACCAGAAGAUCGAGGAAGAAGCUCUUGCCGAUGUUGAACGUAUCAUCACCACUCACCACCUCCCACCUUGUGCCGUCGUAGUCGAACCCAUUCAAUCCGAAGGAGGAGACAACCACGCCUCACCCGCCUUCUUCCGCGGUCUCAGGGCCCUCACCAAAAAACACAACGUCCUCCUCAUCGUCGACGAAGUUCAAACUGGUGUCGGCGCCACCGGUAAAUUCUGGGCCCACGAACAUUGGAACCUCGACACUCCUCCCGACAUGGUCACCUUCUCCAAGAAGGCCCAAACCGCCGGUUACUACUUCGGAAACCCAGAGCUCCGUCCCAACAAACCAUACCGUCAAUUCAACACCUGGAUGGGAGACCCAGCUCGUGCCAUCCUUUUCCGUGCCAUCAUUGAGGAAAUCGAACGUUUGGAUUUGGUUAACAACACCGCCAAGGUUGGAGAUUAUCUCUACGGAGAGCUCGAACGUCUUGCCAAGCAAUAUCCAGGAGAGAUCCAAAACUUGAGAGGCAAAGGACAAGGAACUUUCCUUGCCUUUGACAGCAACCGCAGAGAUGAGGUCCUCAAGAAGGCCAAGAGUGUCGGUAUCAACAUUGGAGGUUCUGGCGAGCGAGCCGUUCGUCUCAGACCUAUGUUGAUCUUCCAAGAACACCACGCCAACAUCCUGUUGGAAGGUCUUGAGAAGAUUUUCAAAUCCUAG